AUGAAGGAGGCUGGAACUGCUGUGAAGGAGGCUGAUACUGCUGCUGUGAAGGAGGCUAGUGCUGCUGUUGUGGCAGUCCAUAUUUGUGAGGAAGGAAAAAUCAGUGACCCUCAGGGGUCAAUACAAGAAAUUAUCCGGUCUUCCCCUGGCGAAAAGGAUUAUCGCCAGGUCGUGAACGAUGCCACCAUGUUGGCAUGUGAGCUGAUCAGAGAGAGGAAGAUAUUAGCUCUGAGGACUCAAGCUCCGCACCCAACUAUCCUCGAGCUUCCAACUCUUCAAGAGGCUUUACCAGCCGCUAAGGACAUCGAUGAGGAAGAGGCUGAGGCCUCCUCCUUGAAGACUGCUCAAGAAAAUGAGCAGGCUUCCAAAGCCGCAUUAACAGUUGCACAGAAGAAUGAGCAUGCUGCUAAGGCUACUCUUACCUCUUCCCAAGAAAGCGAGCAGGCUGCAAAGACCGCAUUAUCUGCCUCCCAAACUCAGGCCGCAGAAGCGAACCACCGAGAUGAACAACUUCAAGCUGAAUCCAUGGAGGAAGCAGUAGUGUCAUCAUCCACCAUGGAGGAGAUGCUAUACCAUUGCUGGGCCUUUAACUAG